UUACAAAUGAUAAAUUUCAGAGAUAAAUUGGAUGAUAAAUGAACUUAGAUACAUUAAUUUCAUAUUAAUAUGAAAUAUGACUAUCUUCUGUAUUAGCUUGUUUUACUGCAAUCUUUGUUUUUCCUCAAAUUAUGUACAACUUGCCCUGGACUUAGAAGUUACCGUUAGAUAAAUUACCACUUAAGCAGGUAGACUGUGGUGUAUAGGUCUUCCUUCUUUCUCCCCAGAUUUUAUGUUGGCACUUUGCUGACAGUUACUUCCCAAGUGGGAAUGGCCACUGUACAGGGCAGCUGUGAACUGGAGCGGCUGAGUUUUGGAUACACACCUUGCUUCUACACCUGGUGGAGCAGCAAAUGGGGGCAGUCAUGUUGGGGCUGAUCUGCCAGUACUCAUCUGCUACAGCCUCAAGGAAGGAGGUGGUGUGAAGGGACAACAGAGAGCCUCGUUGUUAUGGAUGGAGGGAAGGAUAGCUUGUGAAUUUGCCUAGGACAAAUCCAGGCUUUCAGGAACAAGGGAAUACUUGAACACAGGAGAAAACAUUUGAAGAAGGGGACCAAACAGGGUUCAAGCCCUGUCCCUGAUGUUUUGGGAACCUCCUCUGACAUGGCUGCCCUUUACAAGUUGAUCCUUGGAUAAGAUCCUAGUUGUCAGCAUGAAAGGAAAAACUGAACACUGUGGCUGGAAAUCUGCCCCCCAGCAGAAGCCCUGUCCCUGCGAUCGAUAUAAACACGCCUGUGUCGUUUGCAGAGGGUUUGUUUAUCUCCAUGGAGGGCGGAACAUGACCAGUCUGAGGGAUUUUUGGCGCUACAACAUCGCAAAAAAUGAAUGGGAAAUGCUGGAUUGCUCAGGAGAUGGCCCAGAAGAAUUGGAAGAACAUUCAAUGGUGGCUUAUAAGGGCAACCUGUAUAUUUUUGGUGGGAUGGUGGAUUCUGCUUUCACACAAGCAAAACCUCCUCUCUGGACAUAUGACAUUGAUUCCACAAGAUGGACAGAGUGCCGUAACGUACCAGCAGAGAAGGAGAGCUUGGUGCCAGCUAACAGAAAAGGUCACAGUGCAGUAGUGUACCAUUCCAGCAUGUAUAUCUUCGGGGGAUACUUCGGCAUCAAAGGCAUUUCGCAGGAAUUUUGGACUUUCCAUUUUGAUACAGGAAAGUGGUUGUGCGUUUCCAGCCCAUCUCACAGCACUGGUCCAGGACCUCGGCAUGGCCAUUCCGCAGUGGUUUAUCGUACUGGAAUGUACCUCUUCGGAGGACUGAUGGGGCUGAGUGAACAGAAGGACUUGUGGAAGUGGGACUUUGUAAGCAGCAGCUGGUCCAACAUCAGAACAAGCCAAGGACCUCCUCCAGCGGUAGGUCAUGCUUCAAUAGUCUGCAAAGACUCUAUGCUGAUUUUUGGUGGAGGGAUUUCAAAUUCCAGUCCUAGUGAUGACCUCUGGAAGUAUCAUUUCCAUACACAGACAUGGAAGAAGCUUAGUAGUACUGCAAACUUUCCUCCUAAAAUGUAUCACUGCAUCUUAGGAAUUGGUGUUGAUUUCCAAACUACCUCAGAUUUCACUAAUACAUCCCCCAGCCACUGGAAGAACGAUCAGAAGGACCAUGGCCAGCUGGUGCCCAUGCCGAGGCACACUCGCUUUGGCAACUACUUCCGCCAGCGGCCCACAGACGGGGCAUUUGGCAGCAAGGAGAGCAACGCCAUUGAAAUGAAAACCUUCAGCUUGCCUCUGGAGCCAGUGGGCUUCCGUGCAUUUCAGACCACCUCAGAGGCAGAACUGGACCCAAACAGAGACACAAGCCUUUUGACGAAGGACAAGUCUCUCCCUCUGUUUCCCUCUUCAGAGAGAGGGACUCUGACUGCCGCUCAGGUUGUGGGUGAAGAGGAGGGAAGUGACUGUGGGUGUGCGACCGCCGGGGAUGAACUCGGCAGCCGCACCAACACCCUGCUGCUCAUCGGGGGCAAACCCUUGUCCAGCUUCGCUGAGAUCUCCUUCAGACAAAUGGAGUUCGAUAGCUUGUGAUUGCUUUGAUUACAAAGUGAAAGAAUAAAUUUCCACCACCGUGGCAGUAGGUGGAAAACCAACUGCUUGCAACUGUCUUCAGCUUCCUAUCAGCAUGCUUGGGAAAAAAAUAAUUAAACCUUCUCAUACUUGCUGUGAACAGAUUUUUUACAAUGUUAACGAAACCCAACAUAUAUUUAAGUCACAACUUGCAUGUAAGUUGUGAUUUCUGAGAAGAGCUUGUUGGAAUGCUGCUCUUUUUGUUACUUUUCUUCUGGUCAGUUCAUAUCCUUUCAAAUUGCAGUGGCUGAUGCUGCCUUGAAAAUCAGAACUACAAGUAACCCCUACUGGCUCCACAGCUGCCAUUUCAGGGUCAAAGCUUGCUCAUUUUGCACUUGCAUUAAAGGGAAAUACGGUCACAUUUGAGGGAUUUGAUCAAUCUUAAUGGCAACAUUCUCUAAGCUUUUUAAGAUUUUGUUUUCUUGAGUGUUAUUUGCACAAUAUAUUUGCAACAAGAGAUAGCCUUACAACACCACAGAAACCAAAUAAACAAGUUAGCGAGUGAAAUCUAGAAGAUAUUAAAGGAUUGUAUAUAAACCAUGAGUGCCCCCUGAAAAUCAUCUGCAGCCUUAGACCAGAGGAAGUACAUUAUAUCUGGAAGAACAAAGGAAUUGCCAAGUGAGUGUUGGCUUUAAUGACUGAGCACAGGAUCAAAAGGGUUUGACUUACCAUAACGGGGUGGGGGGGACAGAAAGAGGAGGGUUUGACAGGAGUGGCACAAAGCAUGGGCUGUUCUGACUGGUAACUCCUGUUUUAGCCACAAAGGGAUUUCUGCUUUUCCAACUCCCAUCUCUCUGUUUUGUCAACUCAGGUAGUGAUCAUUACACAUUUCCCCUCUAUCUGAGUAAAUCUUGAGUUCAUGUAUAAUUUUUCUUUGCUGAAAAGAAAAAGUGGUUUUUUUGAAAGAUAAUAUUGUCCAGUGUUCCAAGCAUUUAUUUCCAUAGAAGUUAUUAAGAUAUGGCCUUCUGACAGAACUUCAGCCAUCUGUAAGAAAUGCUGCUGUCUGAAACGACUAGAAAGUGUAAUACUUCGGAAUAUUUGAAAAGAUUGCUUUUUGAAAGUUUCAUAGGAAUAAAGGAUUUCAAGUGAGAAUGUUUACAGAUACUUUUCAUCAUCUCUUCACAAGUAGCUGUCACAUGAAUUCAAUGGGAAAAUUAUAGAUGAAUUCGCAAAAAGCUACAAGAGUUAUUUGGACCAUUCGUGACCCUUGUUUGGAAACAGAGAGGAUUGUACUCUUCCACUUAAAUAAAGCCUGCUCUGUUUCCUAUCA